GUUUGAAGUUGUGUCCACACUGCCAACCAAGUUUCCGUUGGAAUACUGUAAGCCUGGCUUUGCUGAAUGUGGUUUCUUAAAGGCAUUUCAGCCCAGGGAAGAUCCUGCAUACCCUCCCCUCCUGUCCAGAACAGAACAUCCGCUGAACCUUCUCCAGCUCUGCGAUGUCUUUGUGAAUUCAGGGAGUCCCCAAAAUGCACACCAUAUUAGAAAGGACCAGUGACCUGUACAAGAUUGGGACAACAUUGCAUUAGUGGUUCCAGCACUCAGCUCCACGCUGCACUCAAAUGGGUCAAGUGGCCUAAAAUGAUAUCUGCUGACUUCUGCUCACGUUGUGACGGCUUCAGAAAGGUGACUAUGUUACCAUGGUGACUCUUUUAACCAAAGGUCUGCAAAACAAGGGCUUGGAUUAUGGUAUAUGCAAUACUUUCAACCCAGAACUGCACAAUCCAAAGAAGAUGAGUAAAGGGCCUACUCUCUUCUCAUGUGGAGUUAUGGACGGUGACCGGUGGAGAGACCUCAGGAAAUGUCAGAUUGAACUCGAGCAAAGCUCCAGUAAUCUGGAUCCACCAUGGACGUGUUUAACUGGUUCGGAGGAGUGUCAAGAGAGUGGCGUGUGGUCGAGGGAUGCAAACACAGCGGGUGCUGUGACCAGCUUAAUCAAAGAUCUCAGCCUCAGCGACCGCAAUGGAAACCCUUCGGCGCCUCCCAGCAAACGUCAGUGUCGGUCGCUGUCUUUCUCAGAUGAACUGUCCAGCUGUCGGUCUCCGUGGAAACCCAGUGGGUCAAAGGUGUGGACUGCUGUCGAUAAAAGACGCUGCCACAGCGGGGGAAGUGUGCAGCGCUGCUCAAAUGGGGUCUCUACAAUACAAAGGAGCUCGAGCUUCAGUCUUCCUUCAAGAUCCAAUGUCUUUUCUCUGUCGUGUGACCCAGCAGCUCCCAGCAGCAGGUCUGCUUGCCCACAAGGCCAGGGAAUCUGGGUCUCGCCAGCUUGUGCAGGUUCGGAAGACCUGCUCGGCGGCUCCAGCCCAGGGGAUGCUUACAGAGCCGAUCUGCUGAGACCCCUGUCCUUGUCUCAUGAGCAGAUAUCUGUGCUGGAGUUCAGCUUGCCGUCCACACCCACCUCGGCUGCCCAACUCGCCCAACAGACCAGCAGGUUGCUCCGAUGCAGGUCUCAACCGUGUGUCCUCAACGAUCAGAAAAUUGGGAUGAAGCGCCGCAGACAGGAGCAAAUUCAAGAGCAAAGACCAUCCCUGGACCUCGCCAAGAUGACUCAGAAUCUCAGGAAUUUUCACAGCCUCAGCUCUUUGGGCAGCGCUGGGGACGAUUGCUGCCAGCAGCAAGGACAGCCUGCAUCUCGGAGCGUGACCACCACAAAGAAAUGGACACCGUCCCUUUGUGACUCCGCUCCGAUGCCAGGCACCACGCCUGCCUGCAGCCCGGAACUGCAGCAUCACGAAAACGUGGGCGAGCUCGCCACGAGCGUAAGGAAAACCAGGGAGGAAGGCAAAGGGUUCGGAGCCGUGAAGGAAAGCUGUCAGAGUGAGGAGAACGAAAAGGACACGUGGAGGAAGGGGGAAAGCGGACAGGAUACAUUUCAGCUGGACUGCGAACUGGAUAUUGAACAGAUAGAAAACAACUGAAGAAGUUUCCCGUUUUGACUGCCCAGUUGUACAAUGAGUGAGCAGAAGAGAUUUAUGAAAUUCUGCACAGUUCUGACACAUUGACUUCUCUUCAGAGCUUUGAAACGCAAGGGCUCUACAAAAGCACGUGAACUCAGUACAACUCCAUGACUAGAACUGACACCAAGAUUUGCCGAGCGAUGAUCAGGAGGGGAAAACAACAAGGAGAGCAGCGGCAAUUUCCAUUUCUUUUUAACCCACUCAUUAACUACUUGGAUUUGCCCAAGGCAGUCUCCAGUUUAAAGCUGUCCGGAAUAAAAGAGUGGGCCCUUUUCCCUUCAUGUAUGUUUUAUACCAGCUUGAUCAUAGUAGUUUUAUAUGUUUAAGUUGUUUCGAUGCAGUGUAAAUGUGGUUUAUAAUUCCGAUCUUAUGAUUGACACUCUUUCCCCAAACCCGUAAACGAAUGUUUGACCAGGAUGCCGACUUUCUUACUCAAGAACUGAUCUCAGUGGAUUUGACCCACAAAGGGAAAUCUGAUGACUUUUAUAAGCUUGCAGUGGUUUUUAUAUUCUUAUUAUGACUAGCUUCUGAUUUAUUUUUUAAAAAAAACUUGCAUUAUAAUUUACAUUUUACUGUUUUCUUCUCAAUACAAAACUUUGCCUUUGAACUCUGUCUGUUUGUUCCUCCUAGACUUCCAGUAAUAGGGUUAGCCUCUCCAUUCAGCUCUAGUUUUCUUUGCUGCUGAUUAGUUUCAGUAGGUUUGUCCUGCUCAUGCCUGAACUCCAUGUCUGAUAUCACCCUGAGGUGUACAGGAGGAUUGGAGGCUGGGGGGAAAUCAGCAGCCAAGACACAUGAUAUUGAGAGAGAGAGGGGGGAGAUAAUCAAGUGUUCACAUGAGGAGAGCAGAUGGUGAGGCUCCCCUCAACGAUAAAAGUAGCAGAAAUUUGUCUGGUAAUUGUAAAAUGGAGAGUUAAAUCCUGCCCAAAUCAAGAGAGUUGGCAUCUCUGGCUUUGAACAGCACCAAGUUCCAGUAUCUGUGCAUUUGUGUGUGUGUGUGUGAGUGAGCGCAUGUGUGUGUCUAUUGUAGACUCAGGGUGUCCAUAAAUGGACUUGUAAGAUGAACAUUUAAAAAAGAAAAAAAAACCAUUCACCAUUUUUAAAAAAUUUAUAAUUGUUCCCUGUCGCAAGACAAGAGUUAUUUUCUACUGCAAGUUUCUAUUCUCUUCUACUUGCGUGCAACGAAAUUAUCAACAACCUCAUUCUUUGCAAUAAGCUGAAAUGGGAAUUUUGUCAGAACCACAGGGUGUUGGAAAGAUGCAAGCGGUGUUGCCGGUUUCAGGUAGAGCUCGAGAGAAAGACUGUCGGAAGUGUGAUGGGAAUGAGUCACGUACGGGAAAGUCAUGCUUAGAAAGGACUUUGUCUGGUUUAGGUAUUGCAGAUACUGGAAUGUCAGGAAUUCCGAGAAAGACAAAGUAUUGAGCAUUUUAAACAUUUUCCAAAUGUAGACCAAGCAAUAUUUUAUGCCUAUACAGUACUACCUGCAUGUGGUAGCGAAACAGACGGGAACAGAAUGCAUUGUUUAACGCUGAAGGCUUUUGCAACUCGUGAAAUGCUGUCGUGAUGUGGAAUGGGAUGACUCUGAAAGAUUUGGACCACAAAACCCAGGGGCUAAAGACUGCCUUUCCUACCAUUGGUAGCAGCAAUAACACAGCACUGCAUAACCUGUUUGCCUUACUUCAGAAGCUUACACAAAAGCUGCAGUUAUAUGUGGCAAGUCUGGACACUUAACUCAAACGAUAAAGGUAUCUCAAGGAAACUUACGAUGAGUCUGUCAUUCUAGAAGUGCGGUUGGUCAGAUGGACUGCUUAUACCAGCAGUGAAAGUGUGGGUGAUAGUGAC